AUGGAUGGUCUUUUGAUCAACACAGAAGAUACUUAUACUUUAACAUUGAAUGAAAUUCUGGCUCAAUACGGUAAAGGCCCACUUACCUGGGAUUUAAAGAUCCGUCUACAGGGUUUACCAGGUGCAAAAGCGGGUCAAAUUGUCAUUGACCACUAUCAAUUACCAUUGACUGUGGAAGAAUACGAAAAAUUAAACCUUGAAAUUCAAUCCAAAAAAUGGUCAGAAUGUGGUUUCUUACCUGGUGCAAUGGAAUUACUUCAGUACUUGCAUUCCAAGGGUAUUCCAAUUGCCCUAUGUACAUCAUCGACAAAUUUGAAAUAUGAGCAAAAAACUUCACAUUUGAAGGAAAGUUUCAAAUUAUUUGAUGUUAUUAUCACUGGUGAUGACCCAAGGAUACCACCUGGUAAAGGAAAGCCUUUCCCAGAUAUUUGGCAAGUUGGUCUUAAGGAAUUAAAUAAAAAAUUCAGUUCACAAAUUAAACCUGAAGAAUGCCUCGUUUUUGAAGAUGGUGUAGCGGGAGUUCGUGCAGGUAUUACAUUUGGAUCCUACGUCAUCUGGGUCCCUCAUCCAGAAGCUCAUGAGUUUUUGGGUAAUAAGGAGGAAAUUUUGGGCGGUCAAGGUACAUCAUUGUACUCCCUAGAAGAAUUAGAUAAAGCCAAGUUAGGUUUAUAA